AGUCCUGUCUGUUGGCUGUGGUAAGAAAAUAACAGGAUAUGCUUGGUUUUGUAAAAGCUCCUUGUUAGUCUUGCCACAGGAUUGCUCAUGCAAACUCCUUGCUACAUCCUUCUCCUCUUUUUCCAUCUCUUUGCUGUCCAAAUCUCCUGAAACCAGCAUCAUGUUGAAGCCUCUGUUCCAGUACAUUGAUCAGAACCAAAACCAUUUUGUCCAGAGGCUGGGGGACUGGGUGGCCAUCCAGAGUGACUCAGGUGACCCGGCCAUGUGGGGACAGAUUGAUCGGCUGCUGAACAUGACAGCAGAGAGGAUCAGAGAGAUGGGGGGCAGCGUGGAGCUGGCAGAUGUAGGAACGCAUCAGCUUCCCAGUGGCCAGAUAGUCCCCUUGCCUCCUGUUGUGCUGGCUGAGUUUGUGAGAGACCCGGAGAAGGCCACACUCUGCAUCUACGGCCACGUGGACGUGCAACCAGCCAGGAGGGAGGACGGCUGGAACACUGACCCAUUCACCCUGACUGAGAUCAGUGGCAACCUGUAUGGCAGAGGGACCACAGACAACAAGGGCCCAGUCUUGGCCUGGCUUCAUGCUAUAGAAGCCUACAAAGCCAUAAAACAGGAGGUUCCCGUGAACGUCAAGCUCAUCAUCGAGGGCAUGGAGGAGGUGGGCUCCCACGGGCUUCUGGAGCUCACCAGGAGGAAGAAGGACAGCUUCUUCUCAGACGUGGACUUCAUCGUCAUCUCCGACAACGUGUGGACCUCAAACACUCCGGCCCUGACCUAUGGAACCAGGGGAAGCAGCUACUUUUUAGUGGAGGUAGAUGGCCCCAAACAAGACCUUCACUCUGGAGUGUUUGGAGGUUCAAUCCAUGAGCCCAUGUCUGAUCUGAUCUCCCUCCUGGGAAGUUUGAUGGACCACACGGGAAAGAUCCUUGUUCCAGGGGUUACUGAUGCCGUAGCGCCCCUCACUGAUGUGGAGAGAAAGCUUUAUGAAAACAUCAACUUCAGCUUGGAGGAGCUGAAAAACACAGCUGGAGUCCAACACUUCCUGCAAGGCACAAAAGAGGAGGUACUAAUGGCCCGAUGGCGCUACCCGUCUCUGUCCAUCCACGGGAUCCAAGGAGCAUUCUCCGAACCCGGCAUCAAGACCGUCAUACCCCGGCGGGUCACCGGCAAGUUCUCCAUCCGCCACGUACCCAACAUGGUGCCCUCAGACGUGGAGAGGAAGGUGAAGGAGCACCUGGAGCAGGUGUUUGCCAGUCGGAAGAGUCCCAGCAUUCUGAGGGUCAUCGCCACUGUAGGGGCCAAACCGUGGGUGGCUGACCUCAAGGAUCCUCAGUACGUGGCUGGACAGAAGGCCAUUCGAGACGUGUUUGGAGUGGAGCCGGAGCUGGUGAGAGAAGGGUCUACCAUUCCCAUUGCGCAGAACUUCCAGGAGGAGACUGGGAAGAGUGUGAUGAUGCUGCCCAUCGGCGCCCACGACGACGGAGAACACUCUCAGAAUGAGAAGAUCAGCCGGUUCAACUACAUUGAAGGGACCAAGCUGUUUGUGGCCUAUAUUCAUGAGCUCUCACAGCUUAAAGGGCAAAGUUAAAUCUCAAAUUCACCAAAAUGUGGUAAAUGAAAGCUAAAAUGUAAUGUGACACUUUUUAUGACUGUAUGAAUUACACAGCUCAAGAUAUA